UUCACCUCAUCUCUCUCUCUCACACACACAAGCACAAUGAAACUUUCAAUAGAGAAAUGGAUUGUGAGAAAGAAGAGAACCAUGGGGAGAAGAAGACCUAGGUGCUUAUUCAACAAAAUUCCUAUAGAUCUUCAAACAAAAAUAUUUGAUAAGUUAUGUGUGAAGGAUCAAUCAAAUGCUAUGUGUGUCUCACGCUUAUGGCAUGAUACCAUCCUAUCCACAACAAUACCUAACAAGCACCCACAACAAUCAUUAGUAACAACUAGCUUGUUCCCAACCCCAUUUGUGAAUUUAGAACAACUAUUUCAUUGGUGUUCACAAGUCAUGUGUUGCAGGGUCAUACCCCAAAAUCUUAUUGACUCAUGCAAUGGACUACUCUUAUUUUGUCACAACAAUGGUAAGGCUAAGAACCUCACACAUGGUGUCUAUCACUAUUAUGUCUUGAAUCAUGUUACAAAACAAUGUGUGGCUGUUUUGAAGCCUACAGGACAAAUCACUAAAGGUUAUUCUUAUGCUACCCUAGUAUAUGAUCCUGCAGAGUCUUGGUUUUUCCAGAUCGUGCGUUUCCAGGGUUGUCGUCGUGUCAAUGUUUUCUCUUCUGAUAAUGGUGUUUGGCAUACCAUUGAUAUUCGUUUGCCGGAACAUAUUAACGAGUCUAAUUGGAUUAAAAAAACUGUUUACUUAAAUAGAUCAAUUUAUCGGCUUUCUCGUUCAGGACAUUUAGUAAAAAUUAAAGUUGAUAUCCAGGAGAAUAUUUUGGAACAAGUUGAGGUAAUAACACUCCCUUCUGAUUGUCUUGAUAAUUGCCAUUGGGAAAUAAGUGUUAAAGGUGAAAAGCUUCUUUUUGUCAUGUCUAGAGGUGUGAAAUUUGUGGUUUGUGAACUUGUUGAAUGUGUUACUAGGGGCGUUACCUCUUACUCAUGGUGCAAUAUUCAUAACAUUGAAAAUGAAAAUUUGUGGCAUCUUAAUACCUAUGGAGAACUCUUGUCCUUUCACCCUUACCAUCAAGUAGCUUUUUUCAAGCGUAAAAAAUUUCAAUUUUUUUGCUUUCAAAUUGGUAUUGACUUUACAGAUGUUCAGGAGAUUCCAUAUAACGAAAUUUUGUAUGACUAUUUAAGAUAUUGUCGACCCCCUUUGCUGGAUUGCUCUGCCCCUUUUGCAUGCUGCUUAAAUAAAGAGCAUCAAAGAGCUUUUCAACGACUACCAAUCCCUCCUCGUUGAAGGAUGAUUUUUAGAAAAUUUAGAUCCUCUAUAAUGAGUAAAGUGUAAAAUAAA